GUUGCCACUCGUCUGUUCUAAUGGCAUUGCUUCCGCCUAUUUUCCUCUUGUCCUCCCAGGACGGGCGCUGUUCGUCAGUCGCAUGAUGUUCCUCCCUCCCCGUUGGCUCCACACCUCCCAAAGCUCCCGCCGGUGAUGUCACAAGCCACCUCCAGCCCUGAUGGCUUGCUUGCCCGGGCUAAGCAGAUUGUUGGGGAGUUUGAGCUAAGCCCCGAAGAUGUUUCAAAGAUAGCAAGACAUUUUGUCCAGCACAUGAAGGAUGGACUUCAGCGUGAUGGCGCAACUCAAAUGCCGUCUUUCGUUACGACAAUGCCAAGCGGUGCCGAGAAGGGUCUCUUUCUAGCUGUUGACCUAGGCGGUACCAAUUGCAGGGUUUGUUCAGUCAACUUGCACGGUGAUUCUACCUACACAUUGGUCCAGUCCAAGCACUCCAUACCGAGAGAGCUGAUGGUCAAUUCCAGCCACAAACCUCUGUUCAACUUUGUCGCGGAGAGAAUCCGAGAUUUCCUCAAGGACCAGCACGAAGUUGAACCUAUCGAGCAUCUGAAAAUUGGUGGACAGCAAGUAAACAGGGACACCCAGUUAAAGCUUGGAUUUACCUUCAGCUUCACCUACGAGAACGAGUCGCUCUCGCGGGGAACCAUGAUACAAUGGGACAAGGGAUGGGACAUUCCAGAUGCCCUAGGCAGGGACCCCUGCGAAAUGCUACAGACUGCCAUUGACAAGCUGUCCCUAUCAGUACAUGUCUCAGCCCUUGCUAGCGAUAGCGUUGGUACUCUGAUGGCAAGAUCGUACACCUCAACAGGCGACUGCAACACCCUAAUUGGCGCUAUAUUUGGAACUGGGACCAAUGCGGCCUACGUUGAGAGGCUUUCAAAUGUGCCGAAGCUUCAAAACCGACCCGAGUUCAAAGAUCAUGGCCCCGAGAGCAUCAUGAUCAUCAACACGGAAUGGGGUGCAUUUGACGAGGAAAUGGAGGUGUUGCCUACAACAUUGUACGACAAUCUACUGGACGAGAACUCAGCAAACAAAAAGAGCCAGAUGCUUGAGAAGCGGAUAUCGGGGUUGUAUUUGGGCGAACUAUUGCGGUUGGUCAUCUGCCAGUUGAUGGAGGCCAAGCUCUUGGACAUGACAGUCGACGAAGAAUCCCCUCUAACAAGACCAUAUGCGGUUGACAGUUCAUUCCUCACACUCCUAGCCCAGGAUUCUAGUGAGUCUCUGAAUGAUGCAAUACGCCACAUUUCGAACACUUUGACAGCCCAAAAUGUCUCAUGGAAAGAUGCUCGCGCAUUCCACUUGAUUGCCGCAUCCAUCGCACGUCGGGCUUCACGGCUAGCUGGAGCAGCCAUUGCAGCCAUCAUUAUUCAAUCCGGACGAUUGAAAUCCGCGAGCACUCGGUCAAUAUCCACACUCUCAACACCAAAAGCAGUGGAGACAACACAUAGGGAGAAGAGGGAUGAUGUUGGUCGUCCGACUGACACCGCGGCAAAUGUUUGGCACUUCAUCAACCAUCUCUUGCGGAAACUAAUGAGACGAAUGGGCCUGAGGCGCAAAAAUCCAUCGAAAUCCAUUUCAGCGUCAGAGCUCACAGAUUCGAAAAUUUUACAGGAGCCCACCAUCGAUAUCGGAGUAGACGGGUCACUCUUUGAGUUUUACCCAACGUUCGAGGAGGACAUCAGAGGAGCGCUCCGGGACAUACCAGAAAUCGGAGUUGAGGGAGAGAAGAGAAUCACCAUGGGACUUGCGAGAGAUGGGUCUGGUGUUGGAGCGGCGUUGAUAGCACAGUCGAUAGAAUAACAGCAUUUUACUAUAGAUAUGCAUCACACAUUCCCAG